GUCCCAAUCCGAGCUCCAAUUUGCAGUCGAUCCUGGAGGAGGACAAACGGAAGAACAUCAUACAAUCGCUCGGUGAGCGUCCACCAUCGGAUCGGCUGCAGAUCUACAUUCGCCGUGGUUCGGACAACCCACGCGAGUCGGACAGUAGCGCAACCACACCGACAGGCGGCACUGGUAACGAUGCGACACCGGAGGAUCACAAGCAAUCGAUUUACAUCCGGCAGCAGGGCGGUAUCAGCUCGUCCGAUAAGCAGUCCAUCUACAUUCGUCCAAACGAGGGCACUACCGGCGGCAUCAGCACCAGCAACAACAACAACAACCACACCAGUAGCACCACCAUCGGUACUCCGUCCACCAUAUCGUCCAGUACGACCAGCACAACUUCGGCCUCGGAACUGAUGUCCGGCGCACCAUCCGGUGAGGGGGGUGCAGGUAGUAGCACCUCACCGUCGGCUUCAUCUGGUGCAGCGGCACCACCACCACCACGCCGUACCCGACGUGCCCAUCACGUGUACGAGGAACCACCGUCAUCCGUUACCAACAACAAGAUCGAAAUCGAUUCCGAUAACAUCGAAACACCGCCGUCGAUCCGGCGCAACGUACAUCACACCGGUUCGUCGGGUGCAAGCGCGGUAACGGCGGCCUCGGGCGGUGGUUCCUGUCGCCGGUUACACCAACAGAGUAGCCGUGAGUCGGCCGAUUCCAAAGAGUCGCUGGUGAACCUUAGCGAAGGGCGCGAUUCCGGGGACCGAGCAAAACCGACCGGUUCCGGCACCGGCACCGGCACCGGUGCCAGUGACCAUCUCGUGGAGAUGUCCGAUGACGUCGGGCAGUUUGAUCGUUAUUCCGUGGCGAGACGUACGCGACGCUUCAAACGUCCAGUCGAUCAUGCGGCCGGAGCGGGCAGUGGCAAUGAAACGGCCACCACCACCACCACCACGACGACGACGGGUUCCCCUUCACCUGACUCGCUACCGGAUAGCAGCAGUGCAGCUCACAGCCCUUUGCGCAUCCCCACUUCGUCAUCGGGCAGGAGCCCGGCUGCCGGAGGAACAGGAUCAACUGGGGCCAACACAAUCACCAGCAACCAGGACAGUGUCAAGGAGCAGGAGCAACGUCUGAAGCGUUGGCAGGAUAAACUGAAAUCCUCCUCCAACACAACGACCGUCGGUCAUGGUACCGCUACAACCGCACCAACCAGUGGCCGCGAUUCACCCCGUACGCAUGCCGAGGCCGUCCUGAAUCGUGCCAGUAAGGUGGGCCGCAGCAUCAGCCGCAUUAGCCAGGAGGAUGUGCGGGAGGCGAAGCGUAGCCUGAAGUCGCCCACUCCCGAGCGUACCUGGAGCCCCACGAAGGACCAUCACCUGGACAGUAGCGGCAGUAGCCCGAAGGUGGCCGCCACUCACGAGCUGAACGAUGAGGGCUUCGAGGAGACGCAAAGUCUCGUCUCCGACACACCGUCCCAGGGUAAGGACAGUGUUUCGUCCUGCAAUGACUACGGAUCGGAUACGAAGAGCAAACCCACAGCGACGACGACGACGACGACGACGACCGCGAGAGCGACAGUGGGAGCUGCGGCGUCCCCGGGUAAGGUUCUGUCCGCGUCGUCUAGUUUGGCGAGCCGUGGAAAGGUGACGAGUACGGGCCAUCGUUCCACACCCAGUAUGGCCAGUCUGUUGAUGGUGAAGAAUGGUUCCGGCCUCGAACGUAGCCGAUCACUCCGUGUGCCACCGUCAGCAUCAUCGACGACCUCGUUGGCGGGCAGUGGUGCAGCUACGGCAGCUGGUAACCGGACCGUACUGCCACGUCGAACCGCUUCGAUGCGUCGCACGGGACCGUCCGAUGGUGGAGUGGUUGGACGUAUGGGCAGCGCUAGUCUCUCGCAGGACGUCGAGCGUAGUAACUCCCGGACCAGUUUGCGAUCUUCCCGUUCCUCGCUGAGUAGUGCCGUGUCGACGAACACGGUUCGUAAGGUGCCACCACCACUGAGGGCCAGCUCGAAGAGUGCCACCCCACUGGCCAAUGCUAGCCCGCUGCACGGCCCAUCGACUUUGUCUGCCAACAGUUCGCCGACGAAGCGACCGCUCGGUACGGCGAGUAGCAACAUCCAUCGUGGUGCACCUGCCAGCCGUAGCAGCUCGAGCGGUUCCAGCAUUGGACCGACGGCGGUGGUACGCAAACCACCGACCCGAUCGACGGCCAGUAAUGGCGGUGGUGGUGGUACCUCACUCGGUGCAAGCACUAGCUUUAAGGAGAACAAUCAUCAUCAUCAUACCGGAUCGAGUGGAGGUCGGUUUCCGUCCGGCAGCAAGUCGACCAGUAGCGGUAGUCUGGCCGGUUCCGGAUCUGGUGCCAGUGGUGUCAGCCCAACGCCAUUCAGUGGACGAUCGUCGAUCGUUGGCCAGCAGCAGCAGCAGCAGCAACAGCACUCCACGGUAUCGGGAGCUUCCGCUCGACGUGCGACCGGUGGCUUCAUGCGUCCCACUACCUCCAGUGCCACCAAAGUGAAGGGAAAGUGAGGGGCUCCCACCCCCCCGUGGCAUUAAAGUGUGGUUCUUUUGCCAUAUUUUCCAUACAGUCACACUCGGUCCCCGAUUGAUUCCGGUUUACCAGCCGCGUGUUGUUUGCCGGGUUGUUUUAGUCAGUCCAGGAGUUUGCUUCUCCCUCCGCAUCCACCACCCCGAAAAACCGUCCAUUUUAUUAUAUUAGCAUCGAGGUAGCACGUACGAGGAAGACCUUGACCUCCGGAUUUGGCAUCCCUCUUUUUUGAAGCGCACUCUUUGUCCAGAGGCAAGGAACGCAGAAGUUAAAGGCAACGUGACCAUAUGUGCAACGUGUCAGUGGUGACAAGCUAACAUGACUUGUCCCGUUUGUUGGCCGACCUACUGCAAUUGAGGAGCGAACCGCCUCCCGCGGGGUUGCUUACUCGGUUCAGCUUGCACAGGAGGAUUUUACACGCCUUACGAAUGAUACGCUUAUGUACCUACGUAUUUUUAGAUAAAGUCAAACGAACCGGACACAAGCUUCGCUUCUAUGCACUCCGGAAGUAACUUUUGAUGCUCUCUCUUUCUCUCUUUAUCACCGUUAAUCUGCUUCAAGCGUACGCAAGCAGUACCUCUAUUUUUUGCUAUAUAUUGCGCAAGCUUAAUUCCGUAUUUUUCUGAAUUUGACGACAACGACGACGGGCGAGGCCACCACGAGGGUAGCGCAAGCGCCACAAGGGAAACCGCACAACUCGCCGCUAUAGGAACGACGGAUGCAAUAACGAAAUCGAUAACAAUAUAUGUAGAAAGCAAUAUAGCUUACCCUUCUAACGCUUAAAUGUCCGACGUGAAGCGACGGUCCACGGACGAGCAGAAAGUAUUAUUAUCUAGAAUAGUGCUAGGUGCUAGGGACGCUCGAUCGAAUAGUGUCCGCGUCCACACGUAAAGUGUUAAAUUAGAUGCCAUGUGAUCAACGGGACACGCAGAGGUUACGCAGAUGGUUUGUGUGUAUGUUAUGCUAUUUAAUGAUGUACGUUGCGUCCUUUUUCCCAGACCUCCCAGUGGUCACUCCCUCCAUCUAUUGACCAUUUUCUAGCGCAGACCAUAAUGUGAACAACAAAUUGUAAUCGUUGAUAGAACCGCGACAGAUCCUCUAGGAAAUAGAUUGUGUAACACCCAAGUAGAUAGGUUAGUUAGGGCGAUUAGAAGGCCUAAUUCGGGGUGAGCGAGGACAAAGAAUUAUCUGUUUCGAUAUCGAUCCUUGCCGGAUCCCCAGGAAGCAUAUUAGAAGGGCCUCCUCAUCCGUUCUAAGACCGUGUUUAGUCAUGACAGACGCCAUGUUUAUAUUUGUAUAUUGUAGAUCAAUUUCCUACUAAACCAGUGAGAAUCAGCGAUCGCGGUGCGAAACGAUCGGAUGCUGUAAUGCUUUGCAGAUCGUUGCGCGGAGCUGAGUAACGUUUAAAAAUCCCUCCCCCCUCCUCC